UCAAACCACAAUUUACCGGUUUGGUGUAGAUAUCUCUCCGUUCCCGCAACCUGAAAGAGUGAAAGCUGAAAACCUGAAGGGAUUGUACCGGAGUCCCGACUCCCGAGUCCGUAUCUGCUUGUAACAAACAGCGCGAGGCACGUCAUUGUAAAUUAUAAUGUUGCAGUAUCUGGCACCACGGCGCUAGUCUUUGAAUUUCAUGGCGCUCUACUCUUUAAAUUUCUACAUUCCCCCUCUCGUCUCCCUUUCUCCAGUCUCCCUCACCAAAAGCAGAUGUUCUGGCGUUCUUGUUAAUCUACCAAAUCUCUCUCUUCUCCUGCAUACUCAUUCUCCAAACUUGUCCUCAUCUUGCUUUCGAAAACCCAUCCCCGCAAAGAUUUCCAUAGAACUCCUCAGAGCAACAGCGCAGCAGAAAUACGUGUAUCCCGACCCAAUUCCGGAAUUUGCCGAAGCUGAAACUCAGAAGUUCAGGGAUCAGCUUCUGAAGAAGCUACUCAAGGACAAGGCCACCUUUGGAGAUGACCUUCACACGGUUGUAGAUGUCUGUGUGGAGAUAUUUCGUGAUUUCUUGCAUAAGGAGUAUGGUGGCCCAGGAACCCUCCUUGUGGAACCUUUCACAGACAUGUUGGUUGCUCUCAGGGAGAAGAAGCUGCCAGGAGCACCCGUGGCUGCACGAGCAGCUAUCUUAUGGGCUCAAAACUAUGUUGAUAAGGACUGGGAGCUAUGGAACUGCAAACCACCCAAAUGAUUGUACAAUUUAUACUCGUUUCAUACAUGUUGGAAUAUAAUCAAUGCUGUUACAAGUUUGUGAAUUCUGCUUUAUCAAAGAUUCCAAGGGGAGAGAAUUAUCAACAUAUGGUAAAGCAAGAUCUAAUUUCAUUCCAGAAUAAUAGUGUGAUUACAACAGCAUUGGGAUGCGUGAGCUCUUUUUCUUGGGUAUACAAGAGGUGUAUUACUUUUGAACCAGUAGGGAUGUGGGAGCUGUGUGCUUGGAGGUAGUUUUGGGAUCACCUAGCAAGCAUACCCACCUCCGUAGACAUAACACGCUAAUUAUUAUCCCAUGUUUGAGAAUACUAUCAUGAUGGACUUGUCUCUGGUUGAGAAGCCCCAAUUUCUUUGUUUUUUGAUCA